UAUGCUAUGACUGGCUUCAGACUCCCCAUCGCUACUUUUAGAAAACUGAAUGUCUGGUUUGGACUGUGGGAGAAAUUCCCCUCUAAUAGACUGUAUCCCUCUUGGAGGAGAAGCGUGUUCUGUAGCUGUCAAGCAAGCACAGUAAACUACAGAAGAUGUUUCAGCUUUUCCCCAGUAAAACUUCAUGCACUAAGACUUUCUCCAGAGUAUGUCUCAGUACUUUCUCUGCGGAACAAAAGUAACAAAAGCUCUAAAAGGAGCAGACAAACUGUACAGGAAGAAGAGGAAGAAGAGGAUGAAGAUGAAGACGAGAGAGAUUUGGAAGAUGAAUUUGAAAAUGACCCCAACGUAGUAAAAGAUUACAAGGAUCUUGAAAAAGUAGUGCCGUCUCUUCGGUACGAUGUGAUCAUGAAAGCUGGUCUAGACAUUGCAAGAAAUAAAGUAGAAGAUGCAUUCUACAAUAAUGAACUCAGGCUGAAUGGAGAAAAACUAUGGAAGAAAAGUAGAACUGUGAAAGUUGGUGACACACUGGAUCUCAUAGUAGGUGAAGACAAAGAAACAGGAACUGCUGUAGUUAUGCGGGUGGUCUUAAAAAAAUUAUCUAACAAAACUGAAAGUGAAAAAUACAAAGUAAUUUUGCGACGUUGGAAAAACUUAAAAGUGCCCAAACAGGAUGUACUUAAGUAACAGAGGGUUGCACGUGGCAGCAUCAGAUUUUUGCAGAAAACUGUAUUUGUUGUUAAGUAUGAAUUUUGGUUAAACAAAAUUACAGUACCCUUUUUUAAGGGCUUGUGUCAGGACGUUAUCUCCCUCUGCUGUGUACAUCAGUGUUCAUGCAAUAAGCCUGUCACUUGUUGCUGUUAGUUUCGUGUCGUGGUACUGUGGGAUAGAGGAUCCAACCCUUACGUUUCCAGGCAGUUUCCUUACAGAUGUUAUAAAUAGUGAAACAAUAAAGACUAAUUUGAUCACU